AUGCCUGCCAUGUUCUUCCGCUUCCAUAUGCUUACGUACCUCCUCUACCUCACCGUGAUAUCCAUCGAGGAGACAUUCGCCUUCUCCGGGUACUCUGUUAUGCCGACGAGCUUCUUCCUGGGCGGGAUCGCUCGCAGGAUGGAUAUGCAUUUGCUCAGUGGGGCGGAAGGGAAUUUCGGCCCGUGGGGGAUCCUCGAUUGGAUUUGUGGGACUACUGUGGGAGGAGAUGAGGAUGAGGAGGAGUUGGAGGAGGCUCUGAGGUUGCUGAUGCAAUGUGCUGUACGGAUAUACGGGUCAUGUUCUAGAAGGUUGGGGUAUGUGCCCUAA